AUGCCUGUACACAGGAAGCACCAUCACGCAAACAAUCUUGGGGAAUACUCUAAGAAAAAACUGCGCAACACCACCCCGGGCCCUAACCUCAUGGCUCAUGAAGACUCCAGACUUGGAAACUUUGGUAUUGAGCCAGAAAGUGAUAGUUGUGACAGCCAGUCUGAAGUUGAGGAUGGGAAUGAGGAUGGACUUGGAAACUGUGACAUUGAGCCAGAAAGUGACAGUGAUGACAGUCAGUCCGGAGCUGAGGAUUGGAAUGAGGAUGUCGACAUCACCUAUUUCGAUACCCCACUAGCUGAGCGCUUGUCUAAAGCCGAAGAUGUCCUUUCACAUCUAAUAAACAAGCGUGGUGCAAUACCUGGAAACAAAGUCCAUUAUGCAGGGACCACAAUCAAUGGCACCCCAGCAGAAUGCACCCGACGCUAUCAUGCAGCCAAGCAAAGGGCUACUAAGGAAUACAAGAGGCAAUCAAAAAAACUGUGUCUGAUGGGAAGAAACAGACCCUACAUGACUUUUUCCACCGACACCACGUAUCCAACUCCCAUACCCCAUUUCCCUGCGACCCAAUCGCCAUUAGUGACACCAACAUGA